AUGGUGAAUGCAAUUCUGGAUGCAAUCCAAGACGCCCCAUUGGGCCAGGCAAUAAACUGGAUCAGUGGAGGCAAACUUUUUGCCUUCCCCGAACAAGCUCCCGACUUUUCGAUCCCCUGGGAACAGGCCGCUGCGACCGAGAAGGAGAAGGAGGUCGAGGCUCAGUCUCCCCCAGCUGUGGAUGCCAGCCGCCAGACCAGUAAUGCUACCAGUCCACAGCCCGAGUCUCGUGAACAGUCAUACAUCAACCGGGAGGACAUCGAAGCCCGACACCUGACCACCAUUCCUACAGCCCACUCGGCUGCUCGCGCGGACUUCACAGUUGUCACCACACGGACAAGGACCAGAGAACAGACCCUGCCAUAUUCUUCGGAACGAUUCGAGGUCGAACAGGAAGAAGCCAUCGAGCGCCAACAAAGCAGCAUCAUCGCCCCACAAAGGACCGCCGAUGGCAUCAUUCUCGUGGAUUGGUACACCACCGACGACCCAGCGAACCCUCAGAACUGGGGAAGCUGGAAGAAAGUCUGGGUCGCCUUUCUCAUCUUCAUGUAUACCUUCGCAGUGUACUCUGCCAGUGCCAUCUACACCUCGGCGGAGCCUCAGGUGAUGGCCAAGUUUGGCGUGGGACAGAGCAAAGCAAGUUUGGGACUGAGCAUGUACGUACUGGGGUAUGGCUUUGGACCGAUGCUCUUCUCUCCCCUUUCCGAAAUCCCUGCCAUUGGCCGAAACAUCCCAUACAUCAUCUCCUUUGGCCUGUUCGUGAUCCUCUGCGUGCCUACUGCUUUAGCAAACAGCUACGCGUCCCUGCUUGUCUUGCGAUUCCUUACCGGUUUCAUGGGUAGCCCUUGUCUAGCUACUGGUGGCGCGUCCAUGGGUGACAUGUACGGCCUCUUGAAACUUCCCUAUGCUCUCACGGCCUGGGUCGCCGCAGCAUUUUGUGCACCUGCGUUGGGACCUCUUUUGUCAGGGUUCUCGGUCGUCGUUGAGGGCUGGCGCUGGGCACUCUGGGAAGUCCUCUGGCUGUCGUCCCCGGUGUUUGUGCUCAUGUUUUUGUCGAUGCCCGAAACGUCGGCCAACAACAUCCUCCUGCGUCGGGCUCAGCGUCUCCGCAAGCUCACGGGCAACCCAAACUUGAAGAGCCAAGGCGAGAUCGACCAAGGGACCAUGUCGUUUUCCAAGGUCGCAGUUGACCAGAUGUGGAAGCCGAUCGAGAUCUUUCUGAAGGAUCCUGCAGUCUUCUUCACGAAUGUCUACACGAGUCUGAUCUAUGGAAUCUACUACUCCUUCUUCGAAGCCUUCCCCCUCGUCUACGUCGGGAUGUACGGCUUCAACAUUGGCGAGUUGGGCAUCGUCUUCGUCUGCAUCGUCGUGGGCUGCGUCUUCGGCAUCCUGAUCUACGUCGCGUACGUCUACUUCUAUCUCGAGCCGGACAUCAAGAAGAACGGCCUCCGCGCCCAAGAACACCGUCUCGUCCCGGCCCUCUUCGCCACCACUUUGUUGCCUGCAGGCAUGUUCUGGUUCGGGUGGACAUCCACGCCGCACAUCCACUGGAUCGUCUCCAUCAUCGGCAUCACCUUCUACGCCACCGGCGCCUUUAUCCUGUUCCAGUGCAUCUUCAUGUACUUGCCGCUCACCUACCCGCAAUACGCCGCGUCCUUGUUUGCCGCCAACGACCUGUGCAGGUCCGCACUCGCAGCCGGAUCCAUCAUCUACGCACACCCGCUCUACGUCAAUCUGGGGAUUGGCCGCGGCAUCAGCGUCCUCGGCGGCUUGUUGUGCGGCGGCGUCAUUGGCAUCUGGGCGCUCUGGUACUUUGGCGCCAGUCUGCGCGCGAGAUCGAAGUUCGCCAUGAGCUAG